UCUUGUCUUCUUUCCUUCCUGCCAGAGGAAGACGUGACAGGCGCGUUGCGUUUGACGUGAGGUGGCUCCACUCACCUCCCGACACACUUCCACGUCUGCUUUGAGGGAUAUUUGAGCAAAUACAAACACUUUUGCUGCAACUUGUUGCAAGUAUUAUGGCCGGAAACCCCACCACGACUGUGCACGACAUCUUCCAGAACAUGGAGUACGGACCUGCAGCGACUCCCAGCUUUGCCUCCGCACAGGCCUGGCUGGAUCAUCACUCCCGAGCGCUCGGCUUCUUUGUGGCUGGAAAGUUCGUCCUUCGAGAUGGCAAAUCGACUCGGGUCCUGCUGGACUCCAAAGGUGCUGAGGUGUGCAGCAGCAUGUGUGCGACGAGUGACGACAUCAUCCAGUGCGUCUCCUCGUCUGCCGCCGGCUCCAAGGCCUGGGCGGCUCUUUCCUGCCACCAGAGGGCGAAGGUCCUGCUCCGGAUGGCGGGAGUUCUUGGGCAGCACGGCCAGUGCGUGUCGGAACUGAGUGAGCUGAGCGGCGCCUCUUGUUCCGCGGGCGCUCUGGUCCGACUGUGUCAGUUCUAUGGCAGCUGGGCUCAGCUUCGAGAUGCACUCAUCACCAACUGGACUCCGCUGGGAGUCGUGCUGGUGGCCGUCUCUGAUGACUGUGGGCUCUACUCACUCAUGCUCAAGGUCCUACCUGCACUGGCCAUGGGUAACUCGGUCAUCAUCGUUCCUGGGCUCUCCACCGCUCCAUCUUCUCUCCUACUGGCUCAGCUCUUCCUGGGGGCGGGGCUUCCUGUUGGUGCCAUCAACGUGUUGACAGGAAGUGACAUCACUCUGGCGGUUCAGGUGGCGGAGAACCCCGGCGUGAGCUAUGUCACCUACUGCGGCAACAAACAGGAUGGUGUGGAGCUGUGUCAAGCCACAGCAGGAAGCGGCGUCCCCGUCACUCUGACCCCCAACAUCGGCGCCACGUGUCCCAUCAUCAUCUUUGAGUCAGCUGACCUUCACAGCGCCGUGGACGCGGUGGUGGAGGCGGCGUUUAAGAAGAAGAAGGAGGUCCACUGGGUGUUGUGUGUCCAAGAGAGUGUGUCGAGCAGCUUCGUGGAGCGCCUGCGUCUGCGCAUGGCAGGUCUGAAGUGUGUGCCUCUGAGCGGCGACGCCCAGCGGCUCCAGGUGGACGCGGCAGUUCAGCAGGCUCAGCAGCAGGGGGCCACGUUGGUCCAGUCUUGUGCCGCCCCGUCCUCGGGCGCCCUGUACCCCCCCACUGUGCUCUGCGGGGCGGCGCCCUCCUCUCCAUGCGUGGUCACCCCCGCCACUGGACCUCUGCUGCCUCUCAUGACCUUCAGGAGCAGCGCGGAGGCAGUGACUCUCGGGAACCACAGUCCUCAUGGGCAGGCUGCCUCCAUCUGGACCGAGGACCUCACGCUGGCUCUGGAGACCGCCAAGAACUUGUCCGUGGGCUCGGUGUGGGUCAACUCCCACUCUGUGUCGGAUCCUUGUUUUCCUGUGAUGGGGCACAAAGAGAGCGGGACCUGCACUGAUGGGGGGCAGGAGGGUCUGUUCCAGUACCUCCGCCCCUCCUCUUCCUCUCCUCACCGCUCCUCACCCUCAGCACUGGACUACACUAAGUUUGGAACAGAGCCCUCGGCAGUUGGAGUUCCAGAUGUCACCACCAGCGCUCCGAAGUCCUACCUCCAGUUUGUGGGCGGUAAAGCCUGCAAGUCGGUGUCCGGCUGCAGUGUGCCAGUGCCGGCACCAGGGGGCGGCAGCGGCACGCUGGCUUACUGUCCGGAUGGGGGACAGAAGGACGUCCGGAACGCUGUGGAGGCCGCCACCAAAGUUCAGCCAGGCUGGAUGAAGAAGAGUCCAUCUGCACGCGCUCAGUCGCUCCUCUCCCUGGCCAAAGGUCUGGAGGCCAACAGGACGGCGGUGGCUUCAGCCGUCCGUGCCCAGACGGGUCUCUCAGCGGAACACGCCGACCUGGAGGUGGAGCUCAGCGUGGCCCGGCUCAGUGACUGGGCGGCGUACUGCGACAAGAUCCAGGGGUCCAGCCUGCCCGUCCCUCAGUCCGGCUGUGGUCUCUCCAUCCCCGAAGCCCUCGGUGUGAUCGGAGCCGUGCUCCCGGACCAGAACCCUCUGCUCGCCAUGGUGACGGUCCUCGGGGCGGCGGUCGCCACCGGCAACGCUGUCGUCAUGGUUCCCAGCGAGUCGUGUCCACUUCCAGUCCUGGCCUUUGUUCAGGUACUCCAGUCGGCAGAUCUGCCGGCGGGCCUGGUGAACGUGGUGACCGGACGCAGAGAUGCGUUGACCCGAGCGCUCGCCAACCACAGCGUCAUCAGGGGCGUCUGGUACUGGGGCACAGCUGAGGGCUGCCAGUUCCUGCAGCACAGCUGCCCACUGAAGACGCUGCUGCUCUGUUGCCACGGCGACCAGGACUGGCAGGACCCUUCGGUGCUGCAGCACAUGUGGAGGAAUGGCGUCCAGUGGAAGAGCGUCUGGAUCCCCACUGCCUGAGGACCCUUGAGCAAGCCUCCACGCCGCCACCGUGAGAGUAACCAAACCCCCAAUACCAGUUUAGCAAAGUCUCACUCAGGUAACGUCGACCAAACAGGUUACAGCUUGGACCCAGGAGCUGCUGACAUGAGUCAGCACUUUUGAUCCCGUCAUAGUUGAUGUUGCCUCAUGCAGAUGGAACAGUAACCACAGACAAGAGACGGUCAUCAACCUGCUUGUUUGUGACCAUGAGACUUUAGAGCCAUGACAUGAAUAAAGUUACAGUUAUGGAAAUGACAUGACAUUUGAUCCUGUAUUCAAAGAUAAAUUUAAAAAAUAGAGUAAAAGUGAGACAUUGAGACCUGAAAACUGAAUGGAAAAUGUAGACAAGUUGUGUUGUGAUGAAGAACAGAAACAUUACAUUAUAAGAGCAAAAAAAAGUUUUAAAAAAUUUCAAAUGCAGUUGAAAACAGAUCAUAAUUAUGUCUGAAUUGAAAACCAACCCGAACUUACCUCACAAAAUUGGAUUACAUAAAUAAAAUUACUGAAAACAUGAGAUCCAGAGAAUUACAGAAAAUAAAAGUAAAACAAGUGAAUUCACUUGUAGAAUAAAUUCUGAAUACAUAUGCAAGAUAGACAUAAAAAUGAGAGGUGAAGUUGAACUUCCUCUCGAAAAAAGAAGUUUCCUCGCUGUUCUUCAGCUGCAGACUAACUGUUUCUUGUUGUUCCUGACUCCUUGAAUUCCUUAAACACACUGCAAAGACGCAGUCGAACUUGAGUCGUGCCUGACUGACACCACGAGCCUGACACCAUGUUGGCCUUCAGAACUCUCCUGCCUUGCUCAAGGGUCGCUCCACAUUCCUGUCCAUCGACUCUGUUGUUCCCCACGUCUUUCAAUAAAACAUCUUUCAUGA